GGUGCAAACCACUGCAUCCAUAGAGCUGUCAGCCACUUGGUUCAAGUCCUCCCCUGGGGCCACCAGGAAGCGCUGAAACUGCAGGUGCUGGUUCUGUGCCAUGCUCUUGGAGAGACCGCGCUGGAAGUUGAGGUACUAGGUUCCCCAACAGAGACUAGGGAAGCAUGGACAGUGUUCUUGCUGUGGAGCCAAGUGUAACCAAGAAUUAGCCCAGGACUCCUUCACCAAAAGUUGACCUGUCCUGGGUGCAACAUAACUAAAGAAGCUGCUGCAGGAUGAAAAGAUGGCAGCGCAGCUGCUCGCACCACCAGGCCCUGAUAGUUUUAAACCUUUCACCCCAGAAUCUCUGGCUAACAUUGAGAAGCGUAUUGCAGAGGAAAAGAAGAAGAAGCGUCCAAAGCAAGACAGCAGCCAUCGGGAUGACGAUGACGACAGCAAACCAAAACCUAACAGCGACCUGGAGGCAGGGAAAAAUUUGCCUUUCAUCUAUGGGGACAUCCCGAAAGGCCUGGUUGCUGUACCACUGGAGGACUUUGACCCUUAUUAUUUGACCCAGAAAACCUUUGUAGUACUAAACAGAGGGAAAACACUCUUCCGAUUUAGUGCCACACCUGCCUUGUACAUUUUAACUCCUUUUAAUCUUCUUAGGAGAAUAGCUAUUAAGAUUUUGAUACAUUCAUUAUUUAGCAUGAUCAUUAUGUGCACUAUUUUGACCAACUGUGUAUUCAUGACUUUUAGUAACCCACCUGAAUGGUCGAAGAAUGUGGAGUACACAUUCACUGGUAUUUAUACAUUUGAAUCACUUGUGAAAAUUAUUGCAAGAGGUUUCUGCAUAGAUGGUUUUACUUUCCUUCGUGAUCCAUGGAACUGGCUAGAUUUCAGUGUCAUCAUGAUGGCAUAUGUCACAGAGUUUGUGGACCUUGGGAAUGUCUCAGCAUUGAGAACUUUCAGAGUUCUCCGAGCUUUGAAAACUAUCUCUGUUAUUCCAGGCUUGAAGACCAUUGUGGGUGCCCUAAUUCAGUCUGUGAAGAAACUGUCAGAUGUAAUGAUUUUGACAGUGUUUUGCCUCAGUGUCUUUGCUUUAAUCGGCCUGCAGCUGUUUAUGGGCAAUUUGAGGAACAAGUGUGUAAUAUGGCCAAUUAACCUCAAUAAGAGCUUACUAGAGAAUGGCACCAGGGGGUUUGACUGGCAAGAAUACACCAACAAUGUCUCAAACUUUUACGUAAUCCCUGGGGCCCUUGAUCCUUUGCUCUGUGGUAACAGCUCAGAUGCAGGCCAAUGUCCAGAGGGUUACACAUGCAUGAAAGCAGGAAGGAAUCCAAACUAUGGCUACACAAGCUUUGACACUUUCAGCUGGGCUUUCCUAGCCUUAUUUCGCCUUAUGACUCAGGAUUUUUGGGAAAACUUGUAUCAGUUAACCUUGCGAGCAGCAGGAAAAACGUACAUGAUAUUCUUUGUCCUGGUUAUCUUUGUGGGUUCAUUCUAUCUGGUCAAUCUGAUCUUGGCUGUGGUAGCCAUGGCUUAUGAGGAGCAGAACCAGGCCACGCUGGAGGAAGCGGAGCAAAAGGAAGCAGAAUUCAAGGCCAUGUUGGAACAGCUGAAAAGGCAGCAGGAAGAUGCGCAGGCUGCUGCCAUGGUCACUUCGGCAGGGACGGUCUCAGAAGAUGCUGUGGAGGAUGAUGGCAGGGGGAGGGUGUCUCAGAGCUCUUCUGAGAUUUCCAAACUCAGCUCUAAGAGUGACAAGGAGCGGCGGAACAGGAGGAAGAAACGGAAGCAGAAGGAGCUCUUGGAAGGAGAGGAGAAGGGUGACAACGAGAAGGUGUUCAAGUCUGAAUCGGAGGAUGGAAUGAGGAGAAAAGCUUUUAGGCUACCAGACAACAGGCUGGGAAGGAAAUUUUCCAUCAUGAAUCAGUCCCUUCUCAGCAUCCCAGGCUCCCCUUUCCUCUCCCGGCACAACAGCAAGAGCAGCAUCUUCAGCUUCAGAGGGCGCUUCCGUGAUCCAGGCUCAGAGAACGAAUUUGCUGAUGAUGAGCACAGCACGGUGGAGGAGAGUGAAGGCAGGAGAGACUCCCUUUUCGUCCCCUUCCGUGGCCGGGAACGGAGAAGCAGCUACAGUGGUUACAGUGGGUACAGCCAGGGCAGCCGGUCCUCACGGAUCUUCCCCAGCAUCCGCCGGAACGUGAAAAGGAACAGCACAGUGGAUUGUAAUGGCGUGGUGUCCCUUAUUGGCGGCCCGGCAUCUAAUAGGCCCGUGGGACGCCUUCUGCCUGAGGUGAAAAUAGAUAAGGCAGCUACUGAUGACAGUGGUACUACCGAGGUGGAGAUUAAAAAGAAACAUACCGGGUCUCUCUUGGUCUCAAUGGAUCAACUGAAUGCAUCCUAUGGAAGAAAGGAUCGAACCAACAGUAUAAUGACUGUUUUAACUAAUACCCUUGUAGAAGAGUUGGAAGAAUCCCAGAGGAAGUGCCCCCCCUGUUGGUACAAAUUUGCCAACACCUUCCUGAUCUGGGAGUGCCACCCACAUUGGAUCAAGCUGAAAGAGAUAGUGAACAUGAUUGUCAUGGAUCCCUUUGUUGACCUGGCCAUUACCAUCUGUAUUGUGCUGAACACUGUCUUCAUGGCGAUGGAACACCAUCCCAUGACCCCUGAGUUUCAAGAUGUUCUGACUGUAGGAAAUCUGGUUUUCACUGGAAUUUUCACAGCAGAAAUGUUCCUGAAGCUCAUAGCCAUGGACCCCUACUAUUAUUUCCAAGAAGGUUGGAACAUUUUUGACGGAUUUAUUGUCUCCCUCAGUUUAAUGGAACUGGGUCUAGCAGACGUGGAAGGGCUUUCAGUGCUGCGAUCUUUCCGAUUGCUGAGAGUCUUCAAGCUGGCGAAGUCCUGGCCCACUCUGAACAUGCUGAUAAAAAUCAUUGGUAACUCAGUGGGUGCCUUGGGAAACCUGACCUUGGUGCUGGCCAUCAUCGUGUUCAUCUUUGCUGUGGUGGGCAUGCAGCUCUUUGGCAAGAGCUACAAGGAGUGUGUCUGCAAGAUCAACGUGGAGUGUGUGCUACCCCGCUGGCACAUGCAUGAUUUCUUCCACUCCUUCCUUAUUGUCUUCCGCGUGCUGUGUGGGGAGUGGAUUGAGACUAUGUGGGAUUGUAUGGAAGUGGCAGGACAGGCCAUGUGCUUGAUUGUCUUCAUGAUGGUCAUGGUCAUCGGGAAUUUAGUGGUGCUGAACUUGUUCUUGGCUUUGCUGCUGAGCUCUUUCAGUGCAGAUAACUUAGCAGCAACAGAUGAUGAUGGGGAGAUGAACAACCUGCAAAUAGCAGUCAUUCGCAUCAAGCAGGGAAUCGCCUGGAUCAAGGUGAAAGCACAUGAGUUCAUGCAGGCGCAUUUCAAGCAGAGAGAGGCGGAUGAGGUCAAACCCUUGGACGAGUUGUAUGAAAAGAAGGUGAACUGCAUCGCUAACCACACAGGGGCUGAUAUCAACAGGGACAUUGAUUAUCAAAAGAAUGGUAAUGGCACCACCAGCGGGAUUGGGAGCAGUGUGGAGAAAUACAUCAUAGAUGAAGACCACAUGUCCUUCAUCAAUAACCCCAAUCUCACCGUUCGGGUACCCAUUGCUGUGGGUGAGUCAGACUUUGAAAACCUCAAUACAGAAGACUUCAGCAGCGAUACAGAUCCCAAUGGCAGCAAGGAGAAACUGGAUGAUACUAGCUCUUCUGAGGGCAGCACCAUUGAUAUAAAGCCAGAGGUAGAGGAAGUCCCUGUGGAGGCACCAGAAGAAUAUCUGGACCCAGAUGCAUGCUUCACAGAAGGUUGUGUGCAGCGCUUUAAGUGCUGUCAGGUCAGUAUUGAAGAUGGGCUGGGCAAAUCCUGGUGGAUCUUGAGGAAGACCUGUUUUCUGAUUGUGGAGCACAACUGGUUCGAGACUUUCAUCAUCUUCAUGAUCCUACUGAGCAGUGGAGCCCUGGCCUUUGAGGAUAUUUACAUAGAACAGAGAAAGACCAUCCGGACCAUGCUGGAGUAUGCAGACAAGGUCUUCACCUACAUUUUCAUUCUGGAGAUGUUGCUGAAGUGGUGCGCUUACGGAUUCGUCAAGUUCUUCACCAACGCCUGGUGCUGGCUGGAUUUCCUCAUUGUGGCUGUCUCUUUAGUCAGCCUUGUAGCUAAUGCCCUGGGCUACUCGGAACUAGGUGCCAUAAAGUCCCUUAGGACACUAAGAGCUUUGAGGCCUUUAAGAGCGUUGUCCAGAUUUGAGGGGAUGAGGGUGGUUGUCAACGCCCUGGUUGGCGCUAUCCCUUCCAUUAUGAAUGUGUUGUUGGUCUGCCUUAUCUUCUGGCUGAUUUUCAGCAUUAUGGGGGUUAACCUGUUUGCUGGGAAAUACCAUUACUGCUUUAACGAGACAUCUGAGGAGCGCUUCGAAAUAGAGAUAGUUAACAACAGGACUGAUUGUGAAGCACUGAUGCCGCCCAACUCCACUGAGAUCCGAUGGAAGAACGUGAAAAUUAACUUUGACAAUGUUGGGGCAGGAUACCUGGCGCUUCUCCAAAUUGCUACUUUCAAGGGCUGGAUGGAUAUCAUGUAUGCAGCGGUAGAUUCCAGAAAGCAAGAAGAGCAACCCAAGUAUGAGGACAACAUCUACAUGUACAUCUACUUUGUAAUCUUCAUCAUCUUUGGCUCCUUUUUCACCCUGAACUUGUUUAUUGGUGUCAUCAUUGAUAACUUCAAUCAACAAAAGAAAAAGUUUGGAGGUCAGGAUAUCUUCAUGACAGAAGAACAAAAGAAAUACUACAAUGCCAUGAAAAAACUUGGCUCAAAGAAACCUCAGAAACCUAUUCCCCGGCCUCUGAACAGCAUCCAAGGCGCUGUCUUUGACCUUGUCACUCAGCAAGCAUUCGAUAUCAUCAUCAUGAUGCUCAUCUGCUUCAACAUGGUGACCAUGAUGGUAGAAACAGACACACAGAGUAGCCAGAUGUCAGACAUCCUCUGGUGGAUCAACCUGGUGUUCGUCAUCCUCUUCACCUGUGAGUGCGUGCUGAAGAUGUUUGCCUUGCGGCACUAUUAUUUCACCAUUGGAUGGAACAUUUUUGACUUCGUGGUCGUGAUUCUGUCCGUCGUGGGAAUGUUCCUGGCUGAUCUCAUUGAGAAGUACUUUGUGUCGCCCACUCUCUUCCGAGUCAUCCGACUGGCCCGUAUUGGCCGCAUCCUGCGUCUGAUCAAAGGGGCCAAGGGGAUCCGCACCCUGCUUUUUGCCUUAAUGAUGUCCUUGCCUGCCUUGUUCAACAUCGGCCUCUUGCUGUUCCUGGUCAUGUUUAUCUUCUCCAUCUUUGGCAUGUCGAACUUCGCCUACGUAAAGCACGAGGCCGGCAUAGACGACAUGUUCAACUUUGAGACCUUCGGCAACAGCAUGAUCUGUUUGUUCCAGAUCACCACCUCGGCUGGCUGGGAUGGCUUGCUGUUGCCUAUCCUGAACCGGCCGCCGGACUGCGACCUAGAUAAGGAGCACCCCGGGAGCAGCUUCAAGGGAGAUUGUGGUAACCCCUCCGUGGGGAUCUUUUUCUUCGUCAGCUACAUCAUCAUCUCCUUUCUGAUCGUAGUGAACAUGUACAUCGCCAUCAUUCUGGAGAACUUCAGUGUAGCCACGGAGGAGAGUGCUGACCCGCUGAGCGAGGACGACUUUGAAACCUUCUAUGAGAUCUGGGAGAAGUUUGACCCUGAUGCCACACAGUUCAUUGAGUACUGCAAGCUGGCAGACUUUGCCGAUGCUUUGGAGCACCCACUCCGUGUCCCUAAGCCUAACACUAUCGAACUCAUCGCCAUGGACUUGCCUAUGGUAAGCGGGGACAGGAUCCACUGCCUGGACAUCCUGUUUGCCUUCACCAAGCGUGUGCUGGGGGACAGUGGGGAGCUGGACAUCCUGAGGCAGCAGAUGGAGGAAAGGUUUGUGGCGUCUAACCCUUCCAAAGUGUCUUACGAGCCCAUCACGACCACACUCCGGCGCAAGCAGGAAGAUGUCUCGGCAGUGGUUAUCCAACGGGCUUACAGGGUUCGCUUAGCAAAACGGGGCUUUAUUUGCCGGAAGUCUGCCUCUACUAAGCUGGAAAAUGGAGGAACAAAUCGGGAGAAAAAAGAAGGCACCCCAUCCACUGCAUCCCUCCCUUCCUAUGACAGUGUAACUAAACCUGAAAAGGAGAAACAGCUGCGGGUGGAGGAAGGAAGACGAGAACGAGCAAAAAGACAAAAAGAUUUCAAGGAGUCCAAGUGUUGAGACAAACAAAAAUACGUUGUACAAAUUUUUAAAAAUUUGCAAGUGAAAAGAUUGUUUACAAACGUCACAAAAUAUAUCAAUACAGAACAGCUAAGGAGACACCUGAAGAUCUUAUACCAAACAGUCUGCUUAUUGUGUGACAAAGUUGCAUCUAAAAGCAGUGACCUACCACCUGUUUAAAGGACCCUUCUAAAUGAACAUUUAAAAAGGAAAAAAAGGAUUUUCUGUUUGGGCAGGUGGCUACUGCAUGUUCCACAUCUAUCAAUGCAACUUGGGACAAACAAGCAAAAUAAAAAACACACACACACACUAAAAAACAAAACCCGCUGCUUGGAUUAAUAUAUCUCCCAAAGCAGCCAAAAAUUGAUUAUUUUCUCAUUGUGUUGAUUUAUCAAAAGAAAACCUAGAAGUCACAAUGUUAAAGGGUUUGUUUGUUCAUGCAAAACUAAUUUGCAUUCCUGCAUUUAGUUAAGCAGAAAAAAAAAAUAAAAAAAAAAAGGCAAAAUAAAAACUGAACAAAAAAAGAAACAAAAAACCACCCAUUUAGCCCAUGCCAUUUGAUUGUCAUAGUUUAUUUGGUAUUUAUUAUCUGCAUACUACUUUCUACAUGGGCUUUACUUGGUUUGGGAGAUGGGGUAAUCAGGUAUCUUCAGCCUGGAAACUUGCUCCGGCUGAUUAAAAAAAAAAUUGUGCUUGUUCAAUGCAUAGAAAUGAUUUGCAUGAUGGCAUGCUGUGACCAGGAACCAUGCAUGAAGAAUCAUUAAACCACAAGACACUCAAUACUCUUCCACAACAGUUGGUUAAGCCAUAAGUUCGAGGCACUCCACUGACUACCACACACUGUAUUUGGAGGUUAACCUUAAAUAUAAUCAUGCCCUUCACUAAUAUUUACCAAUUUGUAACAAUUUCUUUCAUACACCCUCCAGCAGGAAAAAAAUGAAACAAGCAGAUGAAAUCUGUGUGUGUGUGUGUGUAUGUGUGUAUGUAUGUUUAACAACCUGUCUUUUCCAUACAGCCAUCUUUUGCACAUUUAAACAAAUAAUCAUACAAGAAAGAAAAACCUAAAUAUUGCUCUGGAUCCUAUUUGAGGGGGGAAUAUAUAAUAUUCAAGAAUGGCACUGCAAAACCAAAAUCUAGGGCUUAAAAAAUACCAGUCAACAAGGUCAUUUGUGUCCUGUAAUAUUAAUUAUUGUUCAGCCGCCCUUCCUAGUGUAGAGAGAACAGUGCUGUGUACGAAAUAGCAUAUUGUCUCUGCAGGUGCAAUUUUGGGAACUUGGAUAAAUCUAUCUUAAAUGGGGGACGUGUAACUCACGGAGUUUAAUUGUGUCCCAUGUUCAUCAGAGUUGUUGCUUUCUUGGGGUGGCAGCGGGGGCUGAGACCCAGAUGGAUUUGUGAAACUCUGAAGUCGUCUUUAUAUUCUUCCAUCAUUACUACUUUUUGAAGCUUGCACUUUGAUGCUUCAUGGUUUUCCUUGCUUCUGUAGCCACAAGGUUUUUAAACAAAGUGGAACACAUUACAGUUGACAAUAAAAUAGCAAUGUGACAUGGGGCACGGUGCUGAAGGCCAGGUGUCUGAUGCCUUCACCUUCUUUCUGUUUCAUACAUUAUCAUACUGUAGUAACUAAAAGGUCCUGCAGAUUUGGGUAGACGCUAGAGCUGCCUCUCAACUAGUCUAAUCGCUGAGUGGUAAAUCAUUCUGUGGGAAUGUCACCAGGAAAGCUCAGACUUUUGUGUUUCUUCGUAAGGGUAUGAGACCCUUUAAUAUUCUGUUUCAGUGUCCUCCUCAAUCAAUAAGUCAGCUGUCAGUCACCAAUCUAGGCGAUAUUUUCUUCAAAGCAGCCUUGGGGAAUAGAUCUGAUGCAUCCGAUGCACGCUCCGAAAGCUCAUGCUCAGAUAAAUUGGUUAGUCUCUAAGGUGCCACGAGUCCUCCUGUUCUCUUUGCCAGUGGGAAAAGGUAGCCAUGCACGGAAACAAGACCGCUUUCCAGCUGCCGCUUGUGUGCUGGUUCUACUGUUGGUGCCAUGUUACGUUUUGAAGGGGGGGAUUAUGCCAUUACUGCAUUGAACCUGUAAUGCAGAAUGAAGAGAAACAGGAUGACUGAACGUAGGCCAAAGAAAAUGUAUCUUUAAAAGGGCAAAAAUAAGACAGCAGAACUUUUUAGAUGACAGGAGGCAGUUUGGUUUGUAUAAUCUCUCAACCCAGAUGACAGGUGUCACUUAAAAAAACAAACGCUAUUUGGCAGACAUCUGUGCCAAGCUGGACGGUAUAAAUGCAUAGUUUAGCCAUUAUGAUGUCAGUGGAGGAGUUCUUCUGUACUGGUGAACACAACAAAGGACCAUUUCAACCCUGUUAGAUUUACCCCACUUACUACUAGGCUAUGGUGUAUAAUAAAGAUGAAAACUACAUACAUAUGUACAGGCUACAUUGUAAACAGCACAAAAAAAAGCUGAAAAGUGUGGUUGAACUUUUUAAGAAAAUAUUAUAAAUACUGUAAUAUAUCCGUUUAUUUUAUCGGCAUGCCUUUUUGUAAAUACAAGAAUUAAAUAGAACGGCGUCUGGCUUAUGCCAUUGUCCAUGUUUGUUUUUAAUUUUUAAAAUAUUUUCCUUAGAUUUUUAGAUGUUUGUCAGCCAAUGUACAUUCCCUACCCACCCCCCAAAACAACAACCUUACACCCCAAAAAGAAAAGCUUUAGUGCAGAUUAUCUUUACAAUCACAAAAAUAUUUUUUUGUUAUUCCAAUGUGCAAUAAGUUCUCUGAUCAUUUCUAUGCAAGAUUUGGCUAAACUACAUGAUUGUUCUUUAAGUUGGGCUAUCAAUCUGUCUGUGAUGGAUGGUACAUUUGCUGCUCAUGCUGGUAACUUCACGGAGCUACUGGCAUCAUUUUAAGUAAGACUUCCCUGCGAUCUCUCUCUCAGUUUUUAACCGUUAAACUAUUUAUCAGUCUCUGUUAAAUACAAAGGUCAUCCUAAACCAUCAGUCUUGCUGAAAAAUAAAACGAAUAAUUUCUCCAGCUGUUCAGGGACAGCAGAGUCCAUCCUCCUAUUCAACUGAAAAAUUCAUUUUUUUUUUUUUUAAUUUCCUUUUUGUAGCAAAUAUUCCUCAGCCACAGUUCACAGGGUGCUGAGAGAAUUGGUCUUCAUCUUUGGGAACCUUCACACAGUGAGGCUGAGGCUGGAAAGGAAGCUUUGGUCUGAAAUAAAGUGGUCAGGAUAGCUUCAUGCACCAUAUCAUUGCAUAGAAAUGCAGAUACAGUGUGUGUGUGUGUUUUGUUUGGGGGGGUUUUGUAGUAAGGUCCUUGAUGCGGAAUUUUUUAUUCCCGAUUCAGGGUUGUGGGAAUAAAACAGUAGGCCGCUGUUGGAUUAAAAUGCCAGAAGAGUGAGGCUGUAACAAGUGGUCGUCCCUCCCGCCCCCACAGCAUACGUAAAAUCCUCCAUGCUGUUUUGGUUCAUUUAUUACCCUGUUCUUAAAAGGGGCUGGGGAGGGGGAAAAGAAAUACCAGUUCAAGCUGCUUCACUCACUUUUCUGGUCUAUUUUCACUUUUAAAAAAAAAACCAAACGAACGCUCAUGUGGAAGAAUAAGAAAAAAACAAAAAACCAUGAGCUGCCAUCGUAGAGGCCGCACCCAAGCUUUUGCAUUAUUUAGUUUUCUGCUGCAACAAAUAUUAAAGCUGUACCAGACCAAUGCUGAAGAUCAGGGUAUUAGAGAUUGCAUGGUGGCUCAUCCUGCUCUAACCCAAACAUGAUUAAAAAUCACAUUACUAUAAUCCAAAAGAAAAAUGAAAUAAACAAGGUAAGAGUGUCUUAGUGUCCAUUUAUUUGACUGGUUUCCACCUCCUCGCCCCCAUUCUUGCUGGGUUCUUUUUUUUUUUUUUUAAAUAUAUAAAAGUGGCAUGAGUAAGACCUAACUUGUGUUGCAGGGGAAGCUCGUGGAAAUGUUUUUGUUCUUGUUUUUAGUGUUCACCGUGAGAGAUUUGUGGCCUUUAGUGGCUCUUUGCUGGUAUCUAGCAGACAGGUCGGUCUUAGUGCCAAUCCGCAGCCCCUUGGGAUUUUCAUCAGAGUUUAGUGCUGUAAUUGGGCACAGUGACUGCAGCAUGUUGACAGCAGCUGAGCAGGUUGGUGGCCUUUGUGAGGUCAAGUGGUGGCUGUUCAUUAAUAUCUUAGUGAAUGCAUCACGAAAAACACCAUCAAAACUGGCCCCUGUUCACUGGUAGGCUCAACACAAGCCACAGAUUGGAGGCUACGCAGCCUGCAGUCCCCUCUUGCUCCUGGGUGUACGGAACGCUUGCUCCGCUGCUCACAUGCGCUCGAUCUGCUCUGUCGAUGUGCAAGGAACUUAAGUCUGCAGCACUCUCCCUCCAAUUCAUUCACUUUUAAAGACAUAUGCCAAAAUUGUACAGACUACGUGAAAUCCGCCAGCAUACCUGACAUCCUCAACACACCCAGCAAGGCUCGUGCAGUGUGGCUGCAGGAGCAGCAGAAGGGCGAGAACCCAGAUGCCCCUGUCACUUGAGAAACUCCAGUAAGGGUAAGCCAUAGGGGGCCUUUGAGGCAGCUGACCAUUGCUGAAUCCAUUCAGUGGUGCGCAGUAGGACUCAUAUGCUGUCGCCUCUUUGUUCGCUUCCCUUUGUACACUUUUUUCUUUCCAAUUAAAGGGUGAGAUAGUGCAUUAGCUUCAUGUGCUAGUUAUGUCUCUCUGGAGGCCAGGGUCAAAGUGGUUGCAAGUCAAAAUGGUUGCAAGACAAAUCAGGUGUUGGUUUAAAAGAGGUCUCCCUAGAAGAGGUUCCCCCCACCCAAAUGGCAAAGAACAAUAACCAACCCAACCCCUGUACCCAGAAUGCUAAUUCCCUAACAUUGGUCAGUAUCUGGUCACGAAAGCCUGAUCCUGGACUAGCUGUGGGUACUGCAAGCCAGGAUUGUGGGGCACUGCCUGAACUUGGUGGGAGGCUUGCCCAAGAUAUGGCUGUGGUGUACUGCACCGGGAUUUGACAGUCACUUUAAAAAAAGAAUGCUAAACAAAUGACCAAAAAGUUAAAGGAGGAGAAAAAUUUGCCCUUUGCAAGUUUGUUGCAUGUUGUGAUUUUAUAGAGAGGUGCGUGUGUGUAUGUGUGUGCGCGUAUGGAGGGUGUAUUCUGCAUAGAUGAGGUGAGGAGUGGUGUCCAGUGGCUAGAGCAGGAGACUGGGAAACAGGACUCCUGGGUUCUAUUUUCAGCUCUACCACUGACAUGUUGUGUGACCUUGGACAAAUCACUUAACCUCUCUGUGCCUCAGUUGUACCCAUCUGUCAAAUGGGUGUAUAAUUACCUACCUCACAGGGGUGUUGUGAGGCUCAAUUAGUUAACAUUUGUAAAGUGCUUUGAGAUUCACAGCUGCAAGUGCUAUUUAGAUGUGCACAGUAGAAUCAUGGACUAAGGGGGAAAUGAGAUGGUACCAUAAAUGCUGCUAAAUGAGUCAUUUGUAAACUGCACUGCUCCAGUGAACCCAGCUUCUCAACAACAAUCAGGGCAAAGAUUUUCUUCCUUUUACUUUGCUUAUGUGACUUGUUCUGGAUCCUGUGUUGAUUUCCCCCCCCUCCCGCCCCCAUGCUGUAUUAGCCUUCCCCUUUCACCCUCCCUAGAUUUUGUUCACUGUUCUGUUUUACAUGAAGAAAGGAGGAGGAAAUAAUUGGUGUUUGGGGGAUAGGGGUGGUGAAAGAAUGUAAAAACACAGUGGGCUGGAAGUCUGAGAGUCUGACUUUUGAUUUCCUUUGUACUGUACAUCUUUUUACUUUGGAAUUUGCAAUAAAAAGGUAUGUCCAUCUUGUUUUAA